AUGACCAAUCCUUCUGUUUCUGUAAAUGAGGUUCUUCCUGAGGUGCAUGGAGCAGCGGAAGAGUCGGAGCUCUUAAAGCUGUUGCAGAACGCAGGUUUGGAGGAAUGGUACUCGAAGUUCCUCUCUUUCAGGUAUGAAACCGUGGAGGAUGUUCAGGGCAUGGAUGAGCGUUGCAUGGAGGAGAUCGGGCUACGUGGUGGGCACCGCAUCCGUUUGGAGCGCGUCUUGCAGAGCCAAGCGGGCAAGCCAACACAAGCUCACACCACCACAGCUCGACCGGAGAACAUUCACUCCCAACCUCCACUUUGCCAACAGGGGAACUGCAAGCAGAUCGCCGGAUCCAAAUGCCGUGAAUGUAACAAGCUUUUGUGCUUGGUCCAUGUGAGCACGAUCCAAAAAAAGGAGAGCGUCGGAAAUACAACCGUCAUCAAAGACAUUCCUGGUUGCUCUGCAUGCAAAAAGGCAUGCGAGGAUGCUGAUCAGCGCAGGAGUAUCAUUCAAUGCGCGGUGGGUGUCGGUGUUCUCAUCAUUGGAGGUGGGAUUUUUGGUUCCAUGGCAUCGUCCAUGUGA